GAGUUAGAGAGGGGGCGGAAUCUUUCAAAAGCAACAGCUUGCUGAGGAAGUAGAUCCGUGCAGGGGUGGCGAUGCUGUGACAUCACACCUCUAGGCAUCCAAUGACAGCACUGGGAUCAUGCCCGUGGGCGGGGUUCUUCGCAGGACGGACUGAUGAGGAGGAGGCAGAGCCAUGACGGGCGAGGGGAGGAGGGUGGGCGGGUGGAGGCGGAGGAGGGCGUGCCGGUGGGCGGGGCACCCCAGCUCGCCGUCUUCCUGUUCCCCUCCGAGAUGGCGUUCUACGCCGAGCAGAGGAGCACCCACAGGCGGGUGCUGACCCUCUACAACCCCUACACCUUCAGCCUGAGCUUCAAGAUGUGGUGCACGGCGCCCUCGCUCUACAGGGUGGUGGAGGCGGAGGGCAGCGUCCGGGCCAAGUCCUGCGUCGACCUGGUGGUGCGUCACCUCGACGUCUCUCCCAGAAACUGGGGCCGCAGGGAUCGGUUCCGCAUGGAGGUGAGGGGAGGAGGUCAGGUUGGGAGACGGGAGAUCUGGGCGGAGCUUAAAGGAGGCCGAGAGGAAGAGGAGCAAAGAGGAGGCCAGCAGAGGGCUCCACCCCCUCUAACUGCUCUAUCCCCUCUGCUCGUGCCCACACACACACGCCUGCCGCUGCCUGCCUGCACAGCUGUGCGCAGUGUGUCUCAGUGGGUUGUGUGUGUGGCCGUGGCGAUGCUCUGUGUCACGGUGUUGAUGCUCCCCCUCCACACCGACAGCAGCUCAGUGGUUCCACGCUGGCUGCACGUCUCCACCAAUCAGAAGCUUGUCUGUGCCUACACCCUAGGUCUCAUCACCAUGGUGUUUCUCCAGUGACGUCACGUUGCAGUGACCUGUGACCUCGCCGCCGUCCAUGUGGGAGCUGAGGGUCUUCGUGAUGAAUGUCAUGUGACCGCUGAGUGUUUGAAAAAGCUUUAUUUAAACGUGUAAAGGACGCAGACGGAGCUCAGUCUGCAUUCCAGGACGCCUCGAGGCCACGGUGGAUGUGUGUGUUUUGUGUGUUCAGAUGUAAAUAAAAGAG